AUUCGAUUGAGGCAAUUCAGUUUUGAUCGUCUUAAGAGCAAAUCCCUUUUUCGUUACAUAUUUGAUCAACAUCUCUGAAUAAUGUCGCUGAAUGCAAAAGUUAAUAUAUUAUUAUUGCGAAUGACGCUGAUAUCUUUUUCACUCUUCUGUUUUGUCCAAAAAAUCGAGCGUUGGUAGCAGUGACAUUAUUAUUGGGACGAUGAGUUAAAGGCUGUAGUCCAUUUGAUGCUGCAGAUUCUUUAAAGCGUACGAUUUCUUUGCCUUGAUUGGUCAAUCGAACGCCUGCUAGUAUCUCAAGUCCCCUAGUUUAAAAAAGUUUCUUAUAUCUUGCAUUAUAUUACACGUUGCGUUACGAAGUUUUUCUUCCUCCUCACUUCCUUUUAGAAAGUGAAGAAAACGCACAGUCAAAAAGAAUGACUUGAAAUAUUAUGCUUCUUCAAAAGAGCAACUCGCAUUUCCUAAACACAAGAAUUACAAAACAGAAUAUCUUGCUCUCUUGGUGGGGGCAAGAUAUUCGAACGAAUAGCUCGACCGUUAGUAUUCGCUAGUGAGUUUGCUUCGCGAUAAUCAGUAGAGCGGUGAUAGUAGAGCAGACAGAAUAAGCGAAUAAGUUGCUUGAGAAGAGAAAGAUUCAAUACGUGACGAUCAACAUUGAAACAAUUUACAUCUCUCAUUCACGACUGUUGCGCCGGAUUUACUCAAGAGUGUAUUUUAACAUGCCACCUAAAUUGGAACUAAUUGCCGCAGCAUGCGAAAAUAUGGGCAUUGGAGUAAAUGGCGAUUUGCCUUGGCGUUUAAAGAUGGAAAUGGCGUACUUUACGCGCAUGACGACCGACACAAAGCACAAAAAUAAAAAGAACAUCGUUCUUAUGGGUCGACGCACGUGGGAGUGCAUCCCCGGCAAGUAUCGACCCCUGAAGGAUCGUAUAAAUAUGGUGUUAACUUCGCAAUCAUUGGAUUACGGAGACGAGGCGAUAGCGUGUAAGAGUAUAGCACACGCCCUCGACGUGAUUUCAGGAAUGGAGAAUCAAGUAGAAAGGGUGUGGGUAAUAGGAGGAAGUAGCGUGUACAAGAGUGCUAUGGAAUCUCCGCACUUCGGACGAUUGUAUCUGACGCGUAUAAAGAAAAAAUAUGAAUGCGAUACGUUCUUUCCCCCGAUCCCAAAUGACUUUGUAUUAAUCGAGGAUCCAACAGUACCACAAGGUACACAGGAAGAAAAUGGAAUUGAAUUUGUUUACGAAGUGUAUGAAAGAAGAUAAAAUAGCAGAGCUACUUCCAACAGUUUCAACCAUUUAAACUGUAAAUAAAUGAAAUCAUUUUUAUAAAUAAUUUUUUGCUGCAUCUGCAAUAUAAAUAUGGGAUAUCACAAAAACAUUCAUAUUGUCGAUUAUAGUUCUAAUAAAUAAAUUCAUAUUAUUGAAAA